AUGGCCGAUUCCAAUUUAUUCAGCAAAAUUGGCCUCCCGGAAAGAUUUGUCUUGACGAAACUUCAAGUCCCCAGCGGAGAGCUUGAUGAUGCGCAAUUGUCAGAAUAUUUUCAACCAUUGAUUCACUCCCCUGGCCACAAUCGCUCUAUGUGGGGAAUGAUUCAAGAUGAACCAAAAACUGCUCUACUAGCGACUUUGUGGGAGACAACCGAUGCAAUAAAAUAUUUUCAAGACUCUCCCUCAGCCCAGCUUCUCUGGGAAACUUUGGCAGCAAAGGACAUUAUAAUCUUAAGCUCCCACGAAAUUUCUUAUGUUGGGAAUUGGUUUGAGGUCUUGGAUUCUUCAUUCAUUCAAUUAUUCUGGGUCUACUUCCAGGCUCCUGUAACCGACGCUCAGAGGACUGAAAUUUCAAAGCUCAGAGGCCUUCGUCCGCCAGCCUCGGGGCUCAGCGUACCGAGAAAUCAUAGGCCUCAAACAGAAAUUCCGAUCAAGGCAUGGGCGACCCAGCCAGAAAGCAAUGCGACUCAGUUGAUGCUGUGGCCACACUUUUGGCGGAACUCGGAAAAAUCCGAGUGGAGGCACGGAUUGACAGAGGUGUUAUUUGGCAGUACAAUUAUAGGCAAGCGGUCCAGAAUGGAAGAUUUCAAUGCUAAGCUACAAGAGAUGGCCAAGUUACAAGAGGUGGGCUCAGUGGAAUGGACAGAAGACUUUUGCUCUUUCCGGAGGUUACGGGCUUAA